AUGGUGGUGAGUGGCUCGGAGGACGCGCAGGUCUACAUCUGGCACCGGCACUAUGGCUCCCUCUUGCAGGUGCUGGCUGGCCACUCUGCGACAGUGAACACCGUGUGCUGGAUGCGAGGCUCUUCAGGGGUCGGCGCGUGGCUGAUCUCAGCCUCCGACGAUGGCACACUACGAGUCUGGGGAUCGGAGGCGGAAGAGCCGGAGGCUGUGGAAGUCGAGGCUCCCACUCCCACAAGUGGUCUCCAGGAGCAGAGGAGGGAGGAGCCCCCACCGUCUCCAAGAGGUGCAGCGAUCACGCGGCCCACUCUUUUGGAGGAUGACAGCGAAACAUCCGACGAGGAGCCUGAGUCCGACAGGCAGAGCCACUCGUCCCGGUCGCAGUGA